AUGGCUAAGAGCCAGGGCACCGCCGACCACAUAGAGGGCGUUGUCAGCGACGGCUCGGAUCAACAACAUGUCAGGGGUGAGGGCGGCAGCUACGGCACCACGACGGCAGCCCGCGCUGACCCGGAGCAUGCCGCGCCUCCCGCCGCCCUGGCUUCCCCCGACAUCCAGGACGGCCUCAGGCGCAUAGAAGCGGUGUCGCGCACCUGGUCGACAACGGGCUUGGCCGUGGCUUACAUGAGCAUCUUCCUGAUGGCCUUCACCAUCUCUCUCGAGGGCCAGGUAACAUAUCCCCUGGCUGCCUUUGCUGUCAGCUCCUUCAACAACCACUCCUUGCUGUCGACUGUCUUUGUCGUCCAGAAUGUUGUCAACGCCGUUAUCAAGCCCCCCAUGUCCAAGAUUGCCGACGUCUUUGGCCGCCUCGAGGCCUUCUCCAUCUCCAUCAUCCUCUGCGUUCUGGGCUACAUCCAGAUGGCCGCCUCGCAGAACGUUCAGACAUAUGCCUCGGCCCAGAUCUUCUACUCGGCUGGCUCGACGGGCCUGCAGAUUCUCCAGCAGGUCUUCAUCGCCGACACCAGCAACUUCCUCAACCGCGCCCUCUUCUCCAGCCUCCCCGACAGCCCCUUUUUGGUCACCGUCUGGAUAGGCCCCGCCAUCGCCGCCGCCAUUCUCGCCAACUCGACCUGGCGCCUGGGCUACGCCAUGUGGGCUCUCAUACUACCUGUCGCCUUCCUGCCGCUGGCUAUGAGCCUCUUUCUCAACGGCCGCAAGGCCGACCGCAUGGGGCUCCUUAAGAAGAAGCAUCACGAGGACGGCAGCACUCCCACCAAGGUGCGCGCUCAGAAGCUCUUCCACGACCUCGACGUCGUCGGCACCCUCCUGCUCAGCGCCGGCCUCUCUCUGAUCCUCAUUCCCCUGACGCUCGUCUCGCGCUCGCCCGACGGCUGGCACGACCGUCGCAUGCUGGCCAUGGUCGGCACCGGCAUCGCCCUGCUCGCCGCCUUCCCCUUCUGGGAGUCCAACCCGAGGCUCGCACCCCACCCGCUGCUCCCGCUCGACCUGCUCAAGUCGCGCACCCUAGUCGCCGGCUGCGGCAUCGGCUUUGUCUACUUCAUGGUCUUCUACAUCGCCGUCCAGCCCUACUUCUACUCGUACCUGCUCGUCGCGCUCAACCUGCCCGUCAGCCGCGCCGGCCCCAUCACGCAGGCCUUCUCCUUCGCCUCCACCAUCGCCGCCCUGCUCGCCUCGCUGCUCAUCCGCCGCUCCUCGGCCCCACGCCCGCGCCCCUUCAUCGUCGCCGGCGCCGCGCUCUACACGGCCGCCAUCGCCGUGCUGUUGCACACGCGCACGCGCGCCGCCUCGGUGGCCUCGCUGUUCGCCGCGCAGACGGGCCUCGGCGCCGGCGCCGGCCUGAUGCACGUGGCCACGCAGCUGGCCGUGCAGGCGAGCUGCGGCGACCGGCACGCCCACGUCGGUGUCGCCACGGCCGCCUUCUUGACCAUCGUCGAGGUCGGCGCCGCCGUCGGCUCCGCUGUCUCGGGCGCCGUCUGGGGCCGCCUCGUCCCCACCAAGCUGCUCGCCUACCUGCCCGAGGGCCCCGCCCGCGACCGCGCCGCCGACAUCUACGCCAGCGUCGUCGUCGCCUGCAGCUACCCCUGGGGCUCGCCCGAGCGCGAGGCCAUCGCCCGCGCCUACCAGGAGACCAUCGAGGUUCUGCUGCGCGUCGCUUUGGUCUUGUGCCUACCCCUCGUCGCCCUCGCCUUUUGCGUCAAGGACUACCGCCUCGACGGCCGGGGCCACGUCGCCGGUGCCCUCGCCGUCGCCGACGAGGCGUCAGCCCCUGUGCUGCUAGACGAAGAAGACGAAGACGACGACGAAGAAGAAACCUUGCCCGUGGCACAGAGCACGGCGCGGACGUGGUGGGCGCCGAGGACGUGGCGGCAGCUGCGGCGAGACGAUAGCGACGGGCCAGGACCAGGAUCAGAGCUGGUGCUGAGCGCAGACGAGUCGUCGUCGUUGCUGGGCAGGGGAGGGCCGGUGAAUGCGCCGAGGUGA